AUGCAGUCAAUAUAUAACGAAUUAAGCAUUGAAAUAUUCAAAUGUAUACCAAAUCCCAUCAACCUUUUAGUUUCAAGUCGUAAAUGGUAUAAUAUUUCUCAAGACCCUCAUGCCAGAGCCAAAUGGUUAAUUUAUAAAUAUGGUAGAGCGCAUGCAUUCUUUCACGCUGUGAGGUUCGGCAAUAGCUUCAUCACAAUCGAAGUGAUCCAGGCUUUAAUUUCGAAAAAUGCGAUACUUUCUAGAUAUUUCGUUCAACGUUUAUUAAUGCAUUUUGGCAGCUAUGAUGAAAAUCUUAUUAAACUUAAAGUCGAACAUAAUGUAAAUCAAAUCGAUUAUGAUAGACUUCGCGCUCUUCAAAAAAAAUUAUCUUCACCUUGGGGAAGUAAUAUUUCUUUAGAGAUUUUCACCAAACUAAUUACUGAGGGAUAUAACAUCUUGAAUGAUCCUGAACUUGCAACUAAAGGAAAUGAUAUGGAGUUAUUUCACUUUUUAUCAGCUGGUCCCCUUGUUAUCAAUCACGCGCCUGACAAGCUUCGUCAAAAUCUUAAUCUCAUUAAAGAUUUAAUUUUGAAAAAAAAAUUUGUCCCAUUUCCACCACGCCCAAAACCUACAUAUGAAGAUACAGUAGAAUACAUUCAAUUGAUACAAGCCAGAGCUCAUGAAGAAUAUCCACCAAAAGAUGGUUAUGAGAACAGUCGUCAACUUAAUGUAGUGGCUAGAGCAAUAUUAAUCCAUCCUGAUUUAGUAAUCUUGUGGAAAGAAAUUGGUUAUCGUGAGAUUUGUAGCGAUGUCAAUGAACUUGUAAUGCAAGGAGCCUUAUUGAUUUUUUUCCCUCCUACUCCGCCAAAUAAUUGGGAAUGUCCUGACGUACGUACUAUUGUAGAUCGUUUAAAACAUCUUACUGAACUAGGAUUUCAAUUAACAUCUAAUGUUAUGGAAGAAGCAUUACAUUUGUUCGAACAUAGGUUAAAUGAAAUAGGUGACCUCCUAAUGGAAUCAUUUCAAGUAAUUCAGAAUUCAUCUCAAGUAAUUCGUAACUUAUCAAAAUCGGAACUUGCAAGUUCCUGUCUUAUUCAAGCAAUUAAACCCGAAAGGAAUCUCAAGAAAACAGACUUGUUAGAAUUUUUAAUUGACAAAAUCGAUCAACCUAUCGAAGCUCUAAAAAGUGCAUUAGAUCAUUAUAAAGUUGGAUUCAAGUUUAACUAUGAGACAAUUAAAUCAACGCAGAAAAUUAGAUCGUUAUCUGUUAACUCCAAUCUUUAUUAUUGGAUUCUGAAAAAUUAUGGUCCUAAUUCUGAGGUAACACAGAAAUGCUUUGAUGACAUUUUCGAAUCGAGAAUUUGGGUGGACUUAAAAUUACAGAAAACUCCAGACAGAGAAGUUCCGGAGGGACUGACUAUCGGCGCCUUUAAUUCUAUUUGCUCAAUUUAUCUCGAAUUCUGUAAUGAAAAGGUUCCAUUUAAAAACAGUUAUUUGCAAUAUUUACAAUUGGCAAAAAAUCAUGAAAUCAUUCACCCAUUUUUCAAAAUAAAUUUACAUCAUGUAUUUGACUUACCACCGGAAAAGUUUUCUUUAAAAAUUACAUAUGAAUAUGUUAGGCCAGAAAUUAAAUUAAACAGAGCUCAAAGAAAUAAGAGAAAAUCUAAUGAAAUAAGUAACCAGCAAGCUCAUAAUGAAAGUGAAAGGAAAAAUUGGUUUGAGUUACUUGAAAAAAUAUAUUACCACAAACUUCACACAGAUAAUUCUGAUAUUACUGAAAAUUUUAAAGAAAGCUUUGAAAGCUUUUGGGAUAAAAUUAUACUGGCUAACAUUCCAGAAUUAAAAUAUUUAAGUAAUAAUUCUAAUAGAAAUAAUGAAAAUGAACCUCAACAAUUUACACAAUUUUCUGAAGGUUUUUCAAAAAAACAAAGGCAAUGA